UACACGCAUACGCGUGGUCCUCCGCCGCGACUUCUGACCCGUUAUCUCGCGCCGCGCUCCCGUAUCGCACUCCGCUCCACAUCCCGACACAAUACACUACACAUAGCGUAUGAGCAGUUUCUCUACAAUGUUGGGAACGUGGUUAGUGGCGCUUUGUGUAGCGUCAGCGCUGGGGUGCGAGCUGACUCCCCCUGAUGAUCCGUCCCCCAAGUCCCCCGGGGACAACUUCUAUCGCCUCAUCAUCAACGGGGAGGUGGAGCGGUAUGCUCCUGACCAAAGAUAUGUCGUGACCCUAGUAGGCUCUCGGACACAUGACGUCGUGCAGCAGUUCACCAAGUUCCAAAUAAAGAUCGACCCCCUGGACCCCGCCCAACCGCGCAGCAUCCGCAAGCAGGGCCAGUUCCAACUGUUCGCUGACACGCUCACCAAGUUCGAUGAUGAGUGCCUGAACUCUGUGAUUGAAGCUGACGAUCUGCCUAAAACCGAAGUGCAGGUUAUGUGGAAGGCGCCGCCGGCGGGCUCUGGAUGCGUUUUGUUGAAAGCGAUGGUGUAUGAAAACGUCAGCAAAUGGUACGCAGAAGACGGUCAGCUGACCAAGCGUGUUUGUGAGGACACGUCCGUCACCGCGUCCGACUGCUGCGCCUGCGACGACGCUAAGUACAAGUUGGUGUUCGAGGGUCUGUGGUCCGCGCAGACGCAUCCAAAGGACUUCCCCGUGCAAGCUCUGUGGCUCACCCACUUCUCCGACGUCAUCGGCGCCACGCAUCCCAAGAACUUCAGCUUUUGGGGCGAAGGGCAGCUCGCUACUGACGGUUUCAGGUCGCUAGCGGAAUGGGGCUCAGUGGGUCUGCUGGAGCGCGAGCUGCGGCAGCAGGGCGGCAAGCUGCGCUCCAUCGUGAAAGCGCAGGGGCUGUGGCACCCCAAGGUCAACUCCAACACCAGCGCCACCUUCACUGUGGACCGCAAGAGGCAUCUUCUCUCCGUCGCGUCUAUGUUCGGUCCAUCUCCCGACUGGGUGGUGGGUGUGAACGGCCUGGAACUGUGUAACAAGGACUGCUCGUGGGCGGAGUCCAAGGUUGUGGACCUGUUCCCGUAUGACGCUGGCACUGACAACGGUAUUUCUUACAUGUCUCCAAACUCGGAGACAUUUCCACGUGAGAGAAUGUAUCGCAUCACUACCAUGUACCCUGAAGAUCCUCGAGCUCCCUUCUACAAUCCCGAUAAGAAGGAGAUGGAGCCCAUGGCACGGCUCUACCUGACGCGGGAGAAGGUCAUCUCCCGGGGAUGUGAUGAGGAGACGUUGCAGAGCUUUGUCGCUGAGGAAGCCGAGAAUAGCCAGUCCGUGGAUAGGCCGGAGUGCGCGGUGACGGAGUGGAGCGCGUGGUCGGCGUGCUCGGUGUCGUGCGGCAAGGGGCUGCGCAUGCGCACGCGCGAGUACCGCCUGCCGCAGAAGGCGCAGAUGUUCGCGUGCGACCGCCAGCUCGUGUCCAAGGAGAUGUGCGUCGCCGCGGUGCCCGAGUGCGAAGGAGACAACAACGCAGACGAGGAGGAAAACGACUUUAAUGCUCCUACAGAGGACGUGGAAGGGAUCUGCAAGACGUCGGAGUGGAGCGAGUGGAGCGAGUGCUCCGUCACGUGUGGCGUCGGCGUGUCCACCCGCAGGAGGCAUUUCCUCAAUCAUAUGGGCAUUAAGAAGUGCCCCUUGGUGCAAGUUGAGGACACCCGCAAGUGCAUGCAGCCGCAGUGCACGGAGCAGGAGCAGGACAUAUCGGACCCGACGUGCCCGACGAGCGAGUGGGCGGCGUGGUCGCCGUGCUCGGCCUCGUGCGGGCGCGGCGUGCGCUUCCGCACGCGCCUGCUGCUGGUGCCGGCCGACCGCCAGCGCGACUGCUCCGCGCGCGUCGAGCUGCUGCAGCAGCGGCCCUGCCAGGAGCGGGACGACUGCGCGCUCGACAUGCCCACCGCCAAGCGUAUUUGCAUGGAAGCGCCGGAGACGGGCCCGUGCCGCGGCGUGUACCAGCGCUGGGCAUUCGUUGCCAUGAAGGGCAUGUGCAUCCCCUUCACCUACGGCGGUUGCCGUGGCAACCAGAACAACUUCCUCACGCAGGAGGAGUGUAUGGACACUUGCAAGGUUCUUAUGGGCGGCGGUGCCCCCGGCGCAGUGGUGCCCCCAAAUAACCAGUUCGUCCCCGGAGUGAGCACCAACUACCCCGGUCUGAGUAUCAACUCCAUUGUGCCCGUCCCACCAAUAGUUAGCGGUCUGCAAACAAACGACUGCCAGCUGGGCCCGUGGAGCGAGUGGAGCCGCUGCAGCGUGUCGUGCGGCAUCGGCUACCAGGAGCGCAAGCGAACUGUUUUGGCACAGCCAGGCCCCGGAGGCGCGCCUUGUCCGACGCGUCUUUCUCGACGAAGACGCUGCACAAGAAAUUGUUAAACUUUUUAGUUAGAAGGUUAAGCUUGCCCAAAGAUUAUCAUGUAUUUUUAAUAAAGGCUUACACUUA